AUUGCAAUUGGGGGGUUCUAUUUGUCCACUCUGACAUUAUCAGAAAGAAUCCCUUGUUUCUCUACGUAAUCAACUCAUUUUUCCCUUGAAUAAUAAAAUACCAUCAACUGAAUCCGAACCCCAAUAAAACCCGUUUCAUUUCUAUAGGUUAUAAGCUUUAAGGGAACAUACACCUCUUCUUCAUUGCCACCUUCUCCCUCUACUCGAAUCCCCAUUAAACAAAUCAACCCUUCACGGCUUCACCUAUACAUAUACAUACAUACAUACAUACAUACAUACAUACAUUGCAUUUAUUUAUGCAAACAAGGACCAUAAACCAUUGAAGUCCGCUUCUUUAUUUCCUCUCUCUCUCUCUCUCUCUCAUGCUCUCAUAGAGAAAAGCAAAUUCUCCCCCACCCUUGAAGCAAAGGAGGCAUCAACUUUAACUUUUUUUAUUAUCUCUUUUUCUGGUUUCUGGGCCCUCGUGCAUUCAUUGUGAUCUGCGUUCAAAAUGGGGUUCUGUCAAGGCACUUGUGGAAACACAAAAAAGCCAUCAAAUAGCUCUACUUGCGAUGCUCUCUCCGCUUCAACUAUCAUAGACAAAGAUUAUUCCUUUGACUAUGAUAAUGAGCUGAAAAUGAAAGGUUUUUUGUCAAAAAUGUUUUGGCAAUCUGGCUUGGCCUGUUUUUUACCAAAUGAGAGUGAUGAAACCAUUAAAAAGAGUAAUAACAAGAAUGGAAGUUUAGAACACAACAAGGCAUGGCUGCUGGCAGAGUCCGGUGGUUGUGGUAGUGGUUCAGAGUUAACAAAUGCUGAUCCACACUCAGUUCACUCUUCUUUCAGGUUCAGUUUAUGCUCUCAAGUUGAGCUUGAGUCAAUGAACAUGAAUUCUUCAGCUUCUGCAACUGUGUUGAUGGUGAAUUUGGACAAUGGAUUGAAUGAGACAAGAGCUAAAGAGCUUAAAUGGAGGAGAAUUCAGUCUCUUGAGAGGAGUAUCUCUCCAGUUGCAAAUUCUUUGGUCAGAUUCAGUUAUAGUGAAAUUCUUGCUGCUACUAAUAAUUUCUCAAAAGGUAGAGUUUUGGGAAGGGGAGCUUUGAGCUUUGUCUUUAGAGGUAAAGUUGGGUUCUUGAGGACUGCUGUGGCAAUUAAGAGAUUAGACAAGGAGGAUAAAGAGGCUUCAAAAGCAUUUUGUAGAGAAUUAAUGAUUGCUAGUUCUCUUUACCACUCAAAUAUUGUGCCUCUUGUGGGGUUCUGUAUUGAUCCGGAGGAGGGUUUGUUCUUGGUGUACAAAUAUGUAUCUGGUGGAAGCUUAGAACGCCAUUUGCACGAUAAGAAGAAAGUAAAGGGAGGAGUCAAGGGUUCUUCAGGCCUUUCCUGGCCUGUGAGAUACAAGGUUGCUCUUGGAAUUGCACAAGCAAUUGCAUAUUUGCAUAAUGGAACUGAGAGAUGUGUUGUUCAUAGAGAUAUUAAACCCUCAAAUAUACUCCUUUCUUCCAAGAAAAUCCCAAAGUUGUGUGAUUUCGGUUUAGCUACUUGGACUUCUGCACCUUCAGUCCCUUUCCUUUGUAAAACUGUCAAGGGGACAUUUGGCUACUUGGCUCCUGAGUAUUUCCAGCAUGGGAAAAUAUCUGAUAAGACGGAUGUGUAUGCUUUUGGUGUGGUCCUUCUGGAACUAAUUACCGGAAGGAAGCCAAUUGAAGCAAGAAGGCCACCGGGGGAAGAGAAUUUGGUCCUAUGGGCUAAACCUCUAUUGCAGAAGGGAAAAGGAGCCAUUGAGGAGUUGCUUGAUCCACGACUUGAAUGCACUUUGAGAAAUACAACUCAAAUAAUCCAGAUGAUUCAGGCUGCCACCGCCUGUGUAAGUAAUGAAGAAUCUCGAAGGCCAGGAAUAGACGAAAUUAUUGGCAUACUGAGAGGUGAAGAACAACCAAUCUACUCAAACAGGAAGAAGUCCAAUUUUUCUGGGAUUAUAGAUUGUUACCCUCAACUACAACAGACAAAAAGUGAGAUGAAUAGUCACUUAGCCUUGGCUAUGUUAGGAGUUUCAGAAUUUGAGGAUGAUGAUCACCUUUGUUGUCGUUAAAACAUGGUAUAUUCGACUUUCUGAUUUUUCUCUUUGGUGGUUUUGCUUGCCUUUUUUUUUCUCUCUCUGAAGAGAAAAAGCCUGGAAAUCAGAAUCAGAACGAGUGUAAAAAUUGUAAGUAGGAAAAACCAGUUUGCUUAGAAGUGUGUAAAUAGCUUCCAUUCUGCUGCCCUUGGCUUCAAUGGGCCAACAAGAUAGAUUUUAUUUGAAGGCUAAACUUCUAAUUUUAUAAUCUUGGAAGCAAUAUGCUGAUUUUCUAGUAAUCUUCCCUUGAUGAUUGUAAAGACUGAGAGUAAUAGAUUCAUUUCAAGGUUAGACUUGUUAUAUUA